UAAAAGGGCCAUCGUUCCCUACCUCUGCCGUAGCUGUCUGAAGACUCUAAGCCAAGUAGCCGUAGCAACCAAACACGCAGGGAAGGGGCUUGGUAACCAGGCUAGCAAGGAGCUAGCUGUGGCCUCCCGUCCUUUGAAAAGCCCAUGGACUCAUCCCACCGAGCUGCUUUGCUUACCGCCUCCUGCCUGCAUACGCCGGUGAACCCGCGCACCAAGGCGCCGGCGGCGCUUUAUGAACGGGUACCAGAAGGAGCCUCGCUUAAAGAUGGCGUGGGGCAGCAAUCCUUAAGUCCAGAGAGAGAAUACAGUUCCAUCAUGUGUGCUGAUUGUAAAGAUUGGCUAGAUCUCUCAAACAUGUACCUCUCGAAUCAGGAAUAUUAUUUAAAGCUGGAAGAACUUAAGAAUGCUCACCUGGAAACCAUGGCAAAAUUGGAAGAAAUGUAUCAGAAUAAGCUGUUUCUAAAAGAUGUUCAACCUUUAACUAACACAGAUGUGGUUUAUUCUAAGACUUACAGAUCAGCAUGGGAAACUAAACCACUUCAACUUCAGAACAUGCAUCGAUCAUUUUCUGCAUCUGAUCUGAACAGUUCAUUCCAUUCAUUAAAUUUCUCUGAUGUAACUGAUGAAAAACUAGAGCUAGAAACAAGUGACAGUGAUGUUGGAUCACUAUCACUGGAUAAGACUGAAAAUGCAUGGGAUGGCUGUUUUGGGGAGGAUUAUUCACUCUGCCCUAAAACUAUUUUACCCAAAUUAAAUGUUUUGAAGCUAAGCAAGAAAAAGAAAAAAUGGUUCCCAAAGAUCACAGUACCAGAACCUUUCCAGAUGACUAUUAGAGAAGCUAAAAGGAAGCAACAGAACAUCAAGUCCAAGUCACUCAUGGAGCUGGAAAAUAACUUGUUGAAGAAACAAUUAGAGGAGGAGGCAGAAUGUCAAAAACAAUUUCGAGCUAAUCCGGUACCUGCACAUGUUUUUGUCCCUCUUUAUCAUGAAAUAAUGCAGGAAAAUGAAGAACGUAGAAAGUCAUUUAGAGAAAGUAGAGGAAAUUUUCUUCUGGCUACACAAAAGCCAUUUCAAUUUAUUGAAAGAGAAGCGCAAAAGAAAGAACUGAGAAAGAUGCAGUUUUCCUCACCAGAAAAAAAAGCAAAAACGUUUAAAGCUAAACCAGUUCCUAAAUUUGUUUCCAGUUCAGAAAUGAGAGAGAAACUAAAGGAAGAAGAACUCUAUAGAGACAUUAGAAUUCAAGUUAGAUCUGAAGAGCUCCUACGUAAUUCAUCACUUCCCAAUAGCAGAUUAGGAAAUAAAAGCACCAUUAGGCCUGUUCAAAACUGCUUUGAACAAAGUGAAGAAUCAAUAUGUAAGCCAAAUACCAAAGUUAAAGUCCCUGAUUUUGAAACAUUACAUAAAAAAUUCCAGAAGCAGCUUCAAACACAUAAGAAUGUGAAAAGUAUCACAAUCAGUGAACCUUUCAAACUCCGUACACCAAAUAUUUCAUCCAAUAAAGAGAAAAUUCUUGAGGACAUAGACAUGGAUGAAAAAACAUUAAAAGAAACACGCUGGCCUUAUGUCUCUACAAGAUGUCCCCCUCGAACCUUGAAUGCAAGUUCAUAUCCUUCAGGCUGUAUACUGUCUCCAUCUCCAAGAACUACAGCAUCUACUAGAAAACGGCUAGAGGCUGUAAGGAAACAUGAAAAACAGAGAAAGAAAGAGUAUCUGCAGGAACUGGAAGAAAUUGAAGAAAGGGUGGAAAAGAGGCCUCUAUUGUUGGAACAAGCGACACAGAAGAAUGCACGGCUAGCAACAACGAAGCAUUAUUCUGAUUUGCUGCGAGAGCUGGGACUGUGUGGAGACUUUAUUUCAAAGAAAGGCCAAACUGUUACUGAAGAGUUUUUGCAGGAUUCUUCCUACAGUAAUAGUUUUGAAAGCUUGGCAGCAAAUGUAGAAAGUGAUAAUGAACAUGAAGAAAAAAGAGAAUCUGAAGGAGAAGAUAAUUCCCAGUCCCAGUCAGCUCAGCUUAGUGGAGAGGAGGAGGAGGAGAAGGAAGAAGAGAAAGAGGAAGAGAAAGAAGAUGAAGAUGAAGAUACUGCCACUCAAUCAGAGCAUGCUGAUCAAGAAACUCCUGAGCAUGAAAGUGAAAAUGAUGACAAAGAUUCAGUAGAAAAAUCCAGUGAUUAUGAGGGCUGAU